AUAAUAUGUUAUAUUUCAUGAUCCAUCACUCAUUCACAGGGCACCUGGACAGAUUUAACUUACUCUACAUCAAUAAGUUGGAAAGGGAGUUAUCAGCCAGCGCGGAGAGAAUGGCAGCAUUAGAAGCAAUAGUGCGUGGAGUGGCUGAUAGAGCCGCUGCUUGGGAUAACAUCCAGAACCAUAUGGCUGUGUGGACAGACCAGUCACGAACCAUGGAGCGGAAACUGGACCUUCUCAAUAGGUGCCACGAGAAACAGGCUUCAUGGGAGGAGCGCCUCAACGCAGUGGAUGCCCUAAAUCACAAGUUGACAGCUCUAGAUAAGAAGAUCAACGCCAUGACACAAUUGGAGUUUAAAGUGGAGCAAGUGUCGGAAAGGGUGGAAGAGGUGGACUCAACGGUGAAAUGGGUGAAGAAGAGAAUGGGCGCCACGGACCAUACCGUAAUGACAGAGUUUGCAGGACGUGGAGUGCUUUCCUCUCUCCUCAACAUCGAACACAAGCUUGGAAACCUCUCACGUCAUAUCCCUGACGAAGGAACCGAUGAAAGAAUGUUUCCGACUUACCAAAGAGUGAGGAUGUAUGGGUCGAGUGGGAGCCCAAGACCUGAAGUGGAGCCUGAGUCCGACUUAUCCUUCCCGCCACAAGACAAUACCUUCAUCAGAGCCGGGAAAAGCCGGCCAAGGGCAACAAAAAUAGAAAGAAGGCCCACUUAGUUGCCAGCUCCCCUCCAGGUCUGAUAGAAUUAUCCAAAAUGCAGGGACAAAUGCCUUGAAACCUCUCUCUUAAUGAAGUCAAGUCAUAGAAAAUUGGAAAUACAGAACUAGGCAGGAUGUUCAUGAGUUUUCCAGAGAAAGGUUUUAAUGAUUGAGAGCAUUGUUUAACUCUUGCAUUAAGGAAUUGGGUAAAACAAGGGUGAGAGGAUGAAGAAAGCCGUGUGCCGAAGGAGAAGCUGAGUCUCUUAAUUUAUGUAAGAAGGAAAUCAGCCAACGGCAACAGAACAUAAAAAAAGCCCACUUGAAUGCAAGUUCCCUGAAAGAUUAAUAAAGAAUUAGCCAAAAGACAGGAGCAAAUGUUUUGAAACCUCCCUCUUAAAAGAAGUCAAGUCGUAGAAAGGUGGAAAUAUAGAAGUUUACAGAAAAAGGAAUGAAUAAUUGAGAGUACUGGUUGACUAUUGUGUUAAAGAGUUGGACAGAUUAAGGAUGAGAAGAAGAAGAAAGCCUUGUUUAGCGAGGCCACAGGAGGAGGGGAGGCAUGCAGUUAGCAAGAUCAGUAGAGCAGUUAGCAUGAAAAUAACGA